AUGAAUAAAUUUGAAUUAGCCCUCCAAACUUAAUAAGAAUUAUUAAACUAUAUUCUAUCAACGUAGUGGAAGGAUGAUUUGGAGAAAUAACAAUUAGGAGAAAUAUUUUCGAAAGUCCAAACCACCUGCAACAUUAAAUUGGAAAUCGAUGAAUUCUUUUCUAAAGACACGUAGGAAUAAUUAAAAUCCUAUAUAUAUGAGAAGCAAUAGCAAAUCAGAUAAAUUAAUAAAAAUCUACAGGAAACUCUUAACAAAUAGGCUCAAGUGAGGUAAUCUCCAACAUGUGUGAUUGCUUAAUUGCCUCCCAGAUUCAAAAAUAACAAAGAGUCAUAUCUCUAAUAAAUUAAUUAUUUCAAAAACAAUUUGAUAGAAAUGAAGAGUUGCCAUACAAAAUUAUGUUUGGAGAUAGAGAUAAAAUAAUAGAGGGAGGCAAUCACAAAAUAAAUCGGAUUAUUAUAAAUAGCGGAAAAUUUUAAAUUUGAACUAAAUUGUUUAGAAAGCGAAUUGAUGCAAAAUCGGCUUUAUUUAAGUGAAUAAUUUGAGAGUAUAAGAAAAUUAAUCGAAAUUACUAUUGAGGACAAUUUGCUUCAAAAUUUAAUUAGUUAUUGCUCUGCGAUAUCUAAGGCGAAUAUUCUUUUGAAGAAAUAACUUAUUAUAAUAAAACAAAUAUAUUCAUUUGACACAAAAGAUUUUUAUUUAUAGAUGAUGGAAAUGGAUAAGGAAAAUAAAUAAACUAGUUACUCACAAGAUACUGAUGUUACAAGUUAGUAAUCACCAUAAAAAAAUUAUGAUUAAAAUUAGAUCAUCAACAAAAAUCUUAGGAAUCAAGAAUGUUUGUGUGUAAUCUUUUGAUGAGGUUUUAAUUGUGUAUUAUAAAAAAAAGAAAAUAAUAUGAUCA